UCGGUGUGUUUGCUUAGGGAGAGGGUUUCUGCUCAACGCUACUGAGUGCUGGGGGCGCAACAGCGUAGUAACAAGCCAUCUGUAAGGGACAGGAAAGAGGAAAACCACCUUUGUCUGUUUUUUUGUUUUUUUUUUUUUCUCUCUUAUUAUUAGACAAUGAAUAAUACACUUCAACCAGGCUACAAAUGAAACAGUAGAAAACGAAUUUAAAGUUUAAAUCAAUGGUACAGGAGGGUAUUAUGUCCAGGACGCCUUCCAGCUCAACCCAGGAAAUCCAGAUGGACAUGUUCGAACAUCACGGCUCUCACGCUCAGGGGAAGUAUGCAAAGAGGAAGAGCCGUUUUAAGCGCUCAGAUGGCAGCACCUCCUCAGACACAACCUCCAAUAGCUUUGUACGACAGGGCUCAGCAGACUCCUACACCAGUCGUCCUUCAGACUCUGACGUAUCUCUGGAGGAGGACCCUGAGGCUCUCAGGAAAGAAGCUGAUAGUCAAGCUCUUGCCACCUUGGAGAAGGCUAAGACCAAGCCUGUAGCGUUUGCUGUGAGGACUAAUGUUGGCUAUAACCCUGGCCCUAACGAUGAUGUGCCUGUCCAGGGCAUGGCCAUCUCAUUCGAACCCAAAGACUUCCUGCAUAUCAAAGAGAAGUAUAAUAAUGACUGGUGGAUCGGGCGUUUGGUAAAGGAGGGAUGUGAGGUGGGGUUUAUCCCCAGUCCUGUGAAGCUUGAGAGUACACGUCAGUUACAAGAACAGAGAAUGAGACAAAACCGCCUUAGCUCCAGUAAGUCUGGUGGAAGCUCUAGUCUGGAUGUUGCCACAGGUUCCCGAAGGCCCACCCCACCUGGAACAGGUGGGCCUGCCAAACAGAAACAGAAAUCGAUGGAACAUGUACCUCCCUAUGAUGUGGUGCCUUCCAUGAGACCUAUUAUUCUGGUGGGACCAUCACUUAAAGGCUAUGAGGUGACAGAUAUGAUGCAGAAAGCUCUUUUUGACUUUCUAAAACACAAGUUUGAGGGCAGAAUAUCCAUCACCCGGGUGACAGCAGACAUCUCACUUGCCAAACGUUCCGUCCUAAACAACCCCAGCAAACACACAAUCAUCGAGCGCUCCAGCACUAGAUCCAGUCUGGCUGAAGUACAAAGCGAGAUAGAAAGAAUCUUUGAGCUGGCUCGAACACUCCAGUUAGUUGCUCUGGAUGCUGAUACAAUCAACCAUCCAUCUCAACUGGCCAAGACAUCACUGGCACCUAUCAUAGUCUACAUCAAGAUCGCCUCUCCAAAGGUGUUGCAGAGGCUGAUAAAGUCUAGGGGUAAAUCUCAGGCCAAACAUCUCAACGUCCAAAUGGUGGCAGCUGAUAAACUAGCACAAUGUCCUCCUGAGCUUUUUGACAUAAUAUUAGAUGAGAAUCAGUUGGAAGAUGCAUGUGAACAUCUGGCUGAGUACCUGGAGGCCUACUGGAAAGCCACACACCCUCCCAGCUGCAACCCACCCAACCCUCUGCUCAACCGUACCAUGGCCACAGCCGCCCUGGCUGCCUCACCCGAACCCGUCUCCAACCUGCAGGGGCCAUUCCUGGUGCAUGGAGACCAGAAGAGGGAAGGGCCUGAAUGUGGCAGUCUCCAAGACUACCAGAGUGACCUGGGUGGAAAGCAGCCCCUGCGCUCUUCACGCAGCCAGUUGCUUACAGGGGGGCGGGGUCUUUCACGGCAGGACACGUUUGAUUCAGAGACCCAGGGCAGCCGUGAUUCUGCCUACACAGAUGACAUGGAGACAGAUCCGUACGAGGAACCAGACCCAUGUCGCUACCGCCUAAAUCCCACCCACCAUGCUCCUCGCCAGGCCUCCUGGGAGGAUGAAGGGGCAGAACCUGAUCAGGAGAACCUCAAUGUAGUCCCACCACCAGCCAGUCAGCACCAACGCGGACGAGGCAAGCUGAGGGAGCGUUACUGUCAGGAUGGAGAAGGUGGAGGGGUGACCACGGGCCGCAGUCAUAACCAGGAGGAGUGGAGCAGAGAUGUAUAUAUCCGCUAGGGCAGGUUUACUUGGAGAGCAGAGGUUGUAUUACAGAAUCUUCCGAUCUUAUGUCUUCAGUUAAAGGAAUAGUUCACCCAAAAAUGAAAAUUCUGUCAUCAGUUACUCACCCUCAUGUUGUUCCUUAGUUAAAAGGUUUUUUCUUCUUCUUCUGUGGAACACAAAAGGCGAUGUUAAGGGGCAGUCACGUUUACCUUUGCACGGCGAAAUUCCACAGGCAAAACUGCACGAUUGUGAGUUUGGUACGAUGGACUUCUGCAAGCUAAGAAUUUCGCCUCGCAGAUUUCGCGUUGAGUUCAAGUUUGGUGAACUUUGACAGGCGAAUCGCUGCGUUGACCAAUUGGAUGUUGCUUGGUUUGGCAGUGACCUCUGUGUGGGUGGUGCUUCGUACACAGCUACUGUACAUUGAAUAUUCACAAUGAACAAGGAUAUAAAUUUAAUGGCAAGUUUCUUUUUAAUUUAAAGUGCGGCAUUAAAAAAAGAGGCUGCUUUGUAGUUAUUUUUUUGCUGCUCCAUAUCCGCCCACGCCUUCUUUGCCCGCGGAAAUUCGCCUUGCAAAGGUAAAUGUGACAGCGCCUUUAAGCAGAAUAUUAGAGACAGACAGCUUCAGUCACCAUUCACUUUCAUUGCAUUGUUUUUCCAUACAAUGAAAGUUUGAUGCUAACAUUAUGCCUAACAUCUCUUUUUGUGUUCUACGGAACAAAGAAAGUCACACUGGUGACCGAAUUUAAAUUUUUGGGUGAACUAUCCCUUUCAGGCCAUGUCCACGCUAAUGUUUUUGUAUAAAAAUGCAUUAAUUUUGCUAUGUUUAAGCCUAGAAAAAAAAAACGGCAUUUUCUUAAUUGAAAACGGAGCAUUUCAAAAAAGCUCACCAUUACUGUAUAUUUUGUAAAACAAUGAUGUUCGGAAACUUAAAAGUGCACUCAGUAAGUUUUUGCUAAUUAAAAAAGUUUCACACAUAAAAGUAUAGUACUUCAUGUACACUCCCAUUAGACUCCAGCCAUGUCGGUAGCCUGAUAAAAGCCAUUUAAUUUUACAUUGAGUGGGUCGCCCCUUCAUGGGCGCUGCCGUGUUGACAUCACAUGACAAACCGCGGUCAUGCAAUUGACCAAGUUACUACUACUACUACAACUACUACUACUACUACUACUACUACUAAAAUAAUAAUUACAUGUUUACUUUACAUAGUGCUUUAAGCCAAUGCUCAAACAUAGAAAUAAAUGUAAACAAAACAAGCAAACCAAACAAUAUAACAACAAACACAAUAUACAUACUACAGACAACAACAGAGGUAUGGAUCAGCAAGAGUGUGAUCCGAAGACAGUCCAAACAGAAUGAUUGAAAGUGGAAAGAUAAAAUGUCCAAAAGCUGGAGUGAUGAAUCAAACCACUACGACCUACAGCUCUCAUGCCGCAGAUCUGGGAGACGCGAAGCAACAUCAAGUGCCGAAACCUCAAGAGUCGUAGCAGUGCGGUCACAGUCCAGUGAAUAGAUGGAGAAUAGCACAGACUAAAAGAUAAACUGAAGAUAAACAAUCUUCAUUGUGAAGCAUCAGCAUUUAGUAAACAAACUUGUGCAUCUUUGAUGAUAGGUAUUAGUAUAAGGUCUAGAACAACUGGUACUAUUGGGAUGAAAAAGAGCCAGCUAAAAACGUACUGAGUGCACCUUUAAAAUGGAGGUGUAUGUAACUUUUUCUGUGUUAAAACAGGGCUUGACAUUAAGGAUUGUCAUGUGCUUGUCCUUCGGACAAGUAAAUUGGUCAUUCACUUGUCCAGGUAAAAAAAGUUACUUGUCCGAAGAGGAAAAAAGGACAUUUUUUCAACUGUGGUGUAAAUAUAAUUUUUUCAGAAGCAAUAUUCUCAUCAAUAUUCUUAUUCAGUAACUUGUAUUCAAGCAAGACAUGAUACAGUCAUGUACCAACUUACAUUAACAUUGUUUUUUUUGGCAAAUCAAAUACUUACACAGGUCAUUAAAAGGAUAGUACACAGAAAUUAAAAUUCUGUCUCGAUUACUCAACCUCAUGUUCCAAGCCCACAGAAGAGAGAAUUUUAAAUGAAAUGCAAAGGCAGAAUGUUAGCCCCAGUCACCAUUCACUUUCAUUCAUCUUUUUUCCAUACAAUGAAUGUGAAUGGUGACUGAAACUAACACUCUGCCUAACAUUUCCUUUUGUGGUCCAAGGAUGAAAGAAUUAAUGUUAUAUGUGUUUGCGAUACAUUAGGUAAUUUAUGACAGUAUUAAAACUUUAGUCAAUGCUCACCAGACUAAAGUUGACAAAAUGCACAAGAAAGGCAUAUAUAUAUUUAUGCCUUUCUUUUGAAAGGUGCUGUAAUAUGAGCCACACAAUGUGAUGAGGCAAAUCAGAUCACUCCAGUGUCACGCUAAUUGCAUCGCUUGUUUGCAGAGAUCGCUCUUUUUUAAUUUAUUUCUCUCAAUUUGGAAUGCCCAAUUCCCACUACUUCUUAGUAGGUCCUCGUGGUGGCGCGGUUACUCACCUCAAUCUGGGUGGUGGAGGACAAGUCUCAGUCAUAUCUGCUUCUGAGACAGUCAAUCCGUGCAUCUUAUCACGUGGCUCGUUGUGCAUGACACCGCGGAGACUCCCAGCAUGUGGAGGCUCAUGCUAUUCUCCGCGAUCCACGCACAACUUACCUCGCGCCCCACUGAGAGCGAGAACCACUAAUCGCGACCACAAGGAGGUUACCCCAUGUGACUCUUCCCUCCCUAGCAACCGGGCCAAUUUGGUUGCUUAGGAGACCUGGCUGGAGUCACUCAGCACACCCUGGAAUCGAACUCGUGACUCCAGGGGUGGUAGUCAGUGUCAAUACUCGCUGAGCUACCCAGGCCCCCGCAGAGAUCGCUCUUUUUGUAACGACAUUUGCAUGUCAAAUUAACAGGUUCAACUUCAUUUCAGCAAAAAUGUGACAGCGUGCUGCUCUCUGCAUGCUCAUUCUAGUCUAAACUUGACACGUGUCCAAUGAGCUGCUGCGAAAGAAGCAGUAGCACUGAUCAGUCGCAAUGAUUCUAAUAUGACGAUAGAAAGCAGGGGGGAAAAAAUUUGUGCAAUCCACCUCCGAAUUUCAUGCCCAGUUUGUAACAAGUGAAACAGGCCUAGGCUAUAUCACAAAUAUAGCCAGCUAUUUUUUCAAGAUUGAUGUUUUAAUCAGGCUGCUUGUCUGGUCAGAGAAGUAAAAUUCUCUUUCACUUACCCCUUUAAAAAUACAAGCGUUAGUGUCAAGCCCUGGUUAAAAUAAAAUUUUUCCUUUCCCAGCUUAAAAUGCAGAGACAACUAGUAAGCCAUUCAUAGGUUAAUUUUCUUGAAAACUGUAAACAUUGUGUUUCUGUGGCACUAUGAAAAUUGCUGUUUCUUUUGACCUGCUUAAACCCACCCCAACAACUCUACUCAACCAAUGGCGUGAGUUGGGGGCAAGACUAUCCCUUUGUUUGACCAACGGCAGAUGGGAGGCAUAUUCAAAAAGCUUAUUUGAAAACAAAGUACAUUUUUGCAAUUCUGUUUGGUGGUGCUAGUGUUGCAGAAAUUACAUGCUUUAAAUGGAUUAAUGUAAACGUGGCCAUAGUCAUAGUCUAAUCUGUUUUCGUUUGAAAACUGUUUUUAGUUAUUGAAAUAGUCUGCUUUUUAGUUUUUGAAGCACUCCAUUUCGGUGGAGGAAACCACCGUUCUAGUGUGGAUGAGAGGCAUAAACGUAGCAAAAUGUAUGCAUUUUCAAAAGAAAACGUAAGUGUUGGCAUGCCCCUAUGAGAUGACAAGUAAAAGACAGGAUUCUGAAAUUGCCAUGGUUAAAAUAUAGAUAAGAUAAGAUUCUAGUUUAGAAUGUUUCUGUAAUACAGCCCCAGGAGAGGAUACAGUAGAAGACCAUAAAGAUGAGCAGGGAGUGGGUGAUUAGUUGUGUAGAAUGACACUGAAGUAGAAUCUCUAAAGUUGGAUCUGUUUACAACCCAGAGAAAAACACAAUCAUUGAAGAAACGCUGUAUAGCUGACACUCACAACAUUCACAUUACCCAAACAAAAUUCUCGGCCAUUACUUUUUUAGUUUUAUCCUGUUUUUGAAGGAGGAUAUGUAGAAAACCCUUGGUUUGUUUCAAAUUCAUCUUCAUUCUAUUUUACUUUGUAUAGUACUGCAUGAAUCCUAAUCAUUAUGAGGGUAGUAACUGUUCCUGCUGAGCAUUAAACAUGAUUCAGAAUGUAUAACCAAAAUGUUGCAAAUGUAUGUAUGUGUGUAUGGUUUGGUCGUUGGGUGCAUGUGUGUGUGCGUUCUCUGUAGUCUUAAACAGGUUCUUUCUGAUCCACAAAAGUCUUGGGAGCACUCCACCAUUUUAAUUUCCCAGACUACACUACUGCAGAGCAUGUUUUUUGCAUAUAUAAUUCUAUUUAUUUUAUUUAUUGAGUCUCAAAAGGUCUAUCCUCUCUUUAGCCUAUUAAAACCUUGACUCUCUCCAGAGUGCCACCGCUGCUGUGUGCUCCUCCAGUCUGAGAGGGGCGCUGUGGUGCUCAUGUACAGACUAUAGUUUAAUAGGGCUAACACACUGACAUGCAUCAACAAUGUGCGCCAAUGUUAAUCCACAUCAAUAUGCAUUUAUAAAAGGUUAAUAUGCAAAUAUAAGAUAUUUAAAAAAAAUAGAAUAACAAAAAACACUCAUUAAAACAGUCUGAGUGAGAUUUUUCAAACUAAAUAUCAGUAUGAAACUUCAGAGACCACAUCUGAACUGGCUUUGUGUUGAGUGUAUUCAGCUCUGUCCCAUUUUCUGUGCCUGUCCAAGGGCUUUUAGCAUUGUGCCGCUAAUGUACCACUGCCUUCAGAUGCCACAUGUUCUGCCUUAUUCGCAUGUCACUCAUAGGCAAACCAAUCACAAGUGCCGUAAUCUUUCAUCAGGCCACGCCCACUACAAUCAUGGUGGGUUGUCUUAACUCAGUGCAACACAUACAGUUGUUGUUGUUGUGUGUCGUGAUUGUAGUCUACACUGCCAUUUAACCUGGUUUCCAAAGCGACAUGUUUGCACUACAUUGCUAGUCAUUUUAAAAGAAUAGUUCACCCAAAAAUGAUAUCAUUAUUUCCUAACCCUCAAGUCAUUCCAAACCUGUAGACUUUCUUCCGUGGAACACAAAAGGAGAAAUGUUAAAGACUGUUGACUCUGCUUUUUUUUUCAUACAAUGGAAGUGAAUGGGGAAUGAGACUGUCAGCCCCUAACAUUCUGCUUAACAUCUCCUUUUGUGAUCUACAGAAAAAAAGGAAGUCAUGCAGGUUUGAAACAACAUAAAGGUUGAGAAAAUGAUGACAAAAUAUUCAUUUUUGAGUGAACCAUCCCUUUAAUUGUUUAAAGGUAUUUAUUGCAUGAGAGUUUAAUUCACUUCACACUGAAAGUAUAUACUCACACUGACAUACACACACGCUGGGCCACAUAAUGUCUGACUGCCAAACUCUCCUGCAACUGCUUCUUGUGUUGUUAUCUCUGUGGCCAAUUUUUAAGCCAGAAUUGUGUGUGAGAGAGUAUGUCUGUAUGAAAGGGGAGAUAACAUGUUGUCUUUACUAUUUUAUUGUAACCAGAGCAUUGGUAAAUGUCUUUGAGCCUCUUUUACCCUCACCUAUGGUUUAAAAGAUCAUCAUAAUGAAGUCCGCUAAAUAUACAAGUAGAUAGCUUACUAAAUAACGUUAUUGUUGCAUUAUCGCAAUUGUUUCAAAAUAUAAGGAAAAACGUAUUCUUUGGUGCCUGAUUGUAGCUCCAUUUUACUUUUUGUUUUUAAUCUGUGGAUAAAUUCAUAUUUUAAUUAAAAAUAUUAC